GGGAAUGGAAGGGUGGAGAAAAAAAUAAUAAUCACCAAGCAGGCACUCGGAUAGCCAGCCUCAAGCGGUGAGGGUCCUCGAGGGAGGAGCGGGGCCGAAAGAGGACGGGGCCAAGGGGCGGGGCCUGAGCAGAACCCCGCCCUCUGUUUCCUCUUCUGCUGCUGCUGCUGUUGCCUAUGGCUUUGAAGGCGCUGCCCAGGCUGAGUCUGCUGCGGGGCUGGCGAAGAAUGGGGAACAGUACAUCUGCUACCACAGACUUCUCUAACACUGCCACUGCUAACCAGAUAGAGCGAACUAUCUCAGACAACUGUGUAGUGAUCUUCUCGAAAACCACAUGCUCCUACUGCAACAUGGCAAAGAAGCUAUUUGAAGAUAUGAAUGUGAACUACACAGCCAUCGAACUGGACAUGUACGAAAACGGAAGCCAGUUUCAAGAUAUUCUUCAUCAAAUGACUGGCGGCAGGACAGUUCCAAGAAUAUUUAUCAAUGGAACAUUUGUCGGAGGUGCUACAGACACACAGAGACUUCAUCGGGAAGGCAAACUGCUCCCAUUAGUUCACCAGUGUCUCUUGCGAAGAGGGCGAAACUCAGAACAGCCAUGUAGUCUUCCUUGAUUCCCUUUCUUCUGACACAGUUGUGUUGCUGGAGUUUACUAGACUGCGUAUACUUAGUUAUGAAUUCUUACACCCCGGUACUCUGGUUUCAGUACUAUUUAUGUGUUCAAAAUAUGUAUGGAAGGUUUUCAACGGCCAGAUAAUUUAUCACGAUCCAGUUCAUCCUAAAUUCACAAUGCACUCUUGUACAUUCUCAAGACAAAAUAAGCUCUGUUGAAGAAGUAAAAAUGCAUAGGAGUGCACUGCUUGAUUUCAAUUUAACCACAAAUUCUAUUUAAAUACUUAAAUUUCAUUUAGGUCCAACCCAAUGCAAAUAGCUAACUACACAGUCCUAACCACAUCGACACAGAAGUAAACCCUAUUGAAUUCAUUGGGGUUUUCCUCCCAGGUCACAGUAUUGCAGCUUAAAUUAAGGUAGGUAGCUGCGUUGGUCUGACGCAGUCGAAAUAAUAAUCAUAAUAAAAAUGUCCAGUAGCACCUUAGAGACCAACCAAGUUUGUUCUGAGUAUAAGCUUUCGUGUGCAUGCACACUUCUUCAGGUAUCUGGUAUCUGAAGAAGUCUGCAUGCACGCAAAAGCUUAUGCCCAGAACAAACUUAGUUGGUGUCUAAGGUGCUACUGGACAUUUUUUUAUUUCAAGCUUAAAUUAAGUUGCACUUGGGCAUCAUUGAAAUCAAUAUGGGAAGUUAAUAGUGACUUAGUUUCCCCUGAAGUGUAGUAACUAACCUCAGCUUCAUCUAGAAUCAGUUCAAGAUUCAGCUAGUAUAUUCUGUAGCAAAGAAUUACUACAUGUGUCAAAUGUAAAGAGAGCUUGUGCAUUAAUUCUGUGGCUGUAUUAGCUAUCAGAACCAUGGGAUGGAAAGCCAGCUGGCUUGGCCCCAGCCGGAGAGUCUCCCGUCUCAGCCUUGCCGCUGCGGAGAUCCAUCAGUCAUCCUCCUCCGAAAUGCAUCUGAGACUCAUGCAACUGUGCAUGAGCACACGUUACUCAGCAGUGUAAACGCACAACAGAGCUGGAUCGAGGCAUGGGUACUAGGCUACGUUUAUUGAAUUUAAGUCAGGACGAAGAAAAACAUGGCUUCUCUCCUUGCCGUUCUCGGAGAGAGAGAAAACAAAAGCAAUACAGAGCGGAUGUUCCGCUCACGGGACUCCAGCAAUCUGCGCUGGAAUGCAAACAGGCAUGUGACAUGUAACAAUCCCACAUAUCUGCAUCAAGGGUGGAAUGGAAUUCCCAACAUUAGCUACCUUGUAGUACGCUAGGUUUAUCCUAGCAUAAAUGUCUCCUUUAUUCAAAUUAGAGCAGCAUCUCUGGCCUCUUAGACAAAAGCUGCAGUUCGAAUUAAAUGGAGCAGUCCCCACACGCCACCCUUUCCCUUGGUAUUAAACUACAAGAAAUGCAUGUUGCAUGCAUUAAUUGCGCUGGCAGUUGGAACACUGCCAAGGACACACAAAUAAAAAUGUGUGUGCGUGCGUGCGUGCGUGCCAGCUUCCAAAUAGGGUUGAUGCUGUUAGCUUGUUUCAAAAAUCAAAGAUGAAUCACAAGGUAUACCCAUAAUGCUGAGCUGUGAUUAAUGGAAACCAGAUGCAAGCAUUUUGAACUCCUUGUUGUGACUAUGCCCAUGCGGGUGUACAAGCAAAGAGUCUAGCUGGCGCACUCUCCCUUCCCGAAGUCUUUGCCAGACCUUGAAAGCAAUGGCAGAGGAUUAGCUUGUCACAGUUCAAAUCAAGCAGGUGGAGAGGCGAGAGGAGGAAAGAUAUUAAAGAAGUGUGGUAUUGUGAUCUGAAGUGACAGGCUAAAGCUACAGGUAAAGUAGAACGGACUGUUUUUAAAACACAUCUCCAAGCUUCCCUGGUGCAGAACACCGAAGUUUCUCUAGCCGACUGCUGCAACAGUGCUUAUUUUUAUUUUUAUGAUUAUGUAUUACAAGCGACAUUUUAUACUAUGAGUAGCUAACUUGUGGCUCUACAGCUCCUACCAGCCAUUGGGUGAUAGGUAUAGUUCAUCAACAUCUGGAAGGGGCGUGAUCCUGUUUUUCAGUGGUAUUUUCUACAAAAGUUUUCCCUGUUGCUGAAUACUUGAGCAAAGUAAGAUACAGUGGUGCCUUGCAAGACGAAAUUAAUCCGUUCCGCGAGUCUUCGUCUUGCGGUUUUUUCAUCUUGCAAAGCACGGCUAUUAGCAGCUUAGCGGCUAUUAACGGCUUAGCAGCUUUAAGAAAAAGGAAACAAACUCGCAAGAACUCGCAAGACGUUUCGUCUUGCGAAGCAAGCCCAUAGGGAAAUUCGUCUUGCGGAACGACUCAAAAAACGGAAAACCCUUUCGUCUAGCGAGUUUUUCGUCUUGCAGGGCACCACUGUACUUCAGUAUUUGCCAUUAAGUGUGUGCAAUUAUAUAAUGUACAUUUGGUGGCGCUGUGGGUUAAACCACAGAGCCCAGGACUUGCUGAUCAGAAGGUUGGCGGUUCGAAUCCCCGUGAUGGGGUGAGCUCCCGUUGCUCAGUCCCUGAUCCUGCCAACCUAGCAGUUCGAAAGCACAUCAAAGUGCAAGUAGAUAAAUAGGUACCGCUCCGGUGGGAAGGUAAACGGCGUUUCCAUGCGCUGCUCUGGUUCGCCAGAAGCGGCUUAGUCAUGCUAGCCACAUGACCCAGAAGCUGUACGCCGGCUCCCUUGGCCAAUAAAGCGAGAUGAGCGCCGCAACCCCAGAGUUGGUCACGACUGGACCUAAUGGUCAGGGGUCCCUUUACCUUUACCUUAUAGCUAGCUUUAAUCCUUAUUGCUAUCCCGCUUUUCAAACAUACUGUCAACCAAAAGACCUUUCCCUCGGUACUUUCACAUGCUUGAGCCAGAAUGCCAAUGCUUUGACAGGGCAGAACAGCCAACUUCUUUACAAGGUACAGUUGUGCAACAAGAAGCACCACACUCAAUGUGGAAACCCACAAUUACAUAACUUUGUGCUUUUAUCACUGUGCUUCAAAUGAAUAUGGGAAACUUGCAUUCGCUGGAGUAGCUCAGAGAGCAGCAAAAAUAAGUGUAGAUUUCAAUUCAAUGAACUGUGACACUACUAACAUGGCUUGUGGCCAAAGUACGUUGUUUCUAAUCUGUGAUUGAUGAAGCCACACAAAACACAAAAGGAAAUCCAUUGUCUGUGAAUACCUUUAUUGUGACCAAGAAUAAAAUGUCACAAAAUAGUUAUCGAGCUAG